CGCGCUGUGGCCAUUUGUUUACAAAUUUCAUUUUCGAUAUGUUCGGAUAGAUUUUCGCUUAUAUGAUAAUGAGUACAGAGAGCUUGACAAGGGAGAAGAAUGGUCCCAUUCCACUACCAGCUACAAAUGGCCCGCGACCCCACAGAUGCGAGAUUUGCCAGAGGUCAUUCAGGGAGGUCGCAACCUUGAGAAAGCAUGAGCAGCUUCACCGUGCCGACCGUCCGUACGUCUGCACAACCUGUGGCAAAAGUUUUCUCUGGUCAUCAAACUUGAAGGUUCAUGAACGUGUUCACACUGGAGAGCGUCCGUACAAGUGCAAGAUUUGUCACAGAUGUUUCACGCAGUCCAAUGACCUCCGACGUCAUGAGCGCAAUGUCCACAUGAGAGGCAAGUUGUACAGCUACAAGAACCCAGCGACAGGCCGCGCUGUCCCCACCCAGCCUGCUAACCCUACACAAAUGAACCUAGCUGCAUAUCAGGCAUUUGCUUUACAACAGCGGGCCUUCCUGCAACAUGCCCUCACCUACGAGAGUCUAAUGCAGAAUGGUGUUGCCAUGACAACGGCACAGUACCUCCAGUCGUCCGGGCAAUCGCUGACAAGUCUGCCACGCAUGAGUGACCCUGACAUAACUACCUCGAUGAUGAAGUCUCACGGUGACCAGCACAAUGAUGACAGUCAACACAGGAACGGCUCAGAAAGGGCCUUAAAACUUGAACAGGUGACACCUCCUCCAUCAGAUGGCCGAUAUGAGCGAGCAGAAAAUAGUGCAAACGGUCAACACAGUCCAAGUCAGACUGGUUACUCUCCUACAUCAAACAAAACCCUCUCCCCACCCACCCUCCCCACUACUACCUCACUUUUCAACACCCUAUCACACCAUAAUGGCGCCCAACUUGGAUCUCCGGUCAAAGACGAGAACAGACCAUACUCGCAUGAAUCUCACUCUGCCAUUGAAUACCCUCGUUACAUCAGCUACCCAGACCAACACGCCCUUGCCCGGAGCUACCACUCGGCAUUCAGCAGUAUGACAAACAACAACAACAACUCAGAUUGUGUAAUGGAUCUUAGGGUCAACAAGUCCAUGUCGAGCGUUGAGUCAGAAGAUGGUGAGCUAGACUGGAAACACCGAAAUUCCACGUCCAAGACACCAGAUUCAGGGUCUGAAACAGAAUCCAAACGAGAUGUUACGACGACCUCCCUUACACCAACGGUUGAUUCAGGUGUCCACCAUUGCCCACAUUGUAACAUCGUAUUUCACGACUUUACGAUGUACAACCUCCAUCAGAGUCUGCACUCACCCGUGGAGUCGGACCCAUUCAUGUGCCCGUCAUGUAUGAAGCACUGCCAGGAUCGUAUUGAGUUCAUGUUCCACAUCGUGUGGCAUGUGAAGUACCCGCACACCAUACCCAAGUACCAGUCGUUCAAGGAGAGCUACCUCGUGGUGCCAGAAGUGGAGGAGAAUAACGAUGAUGCAGAGUAAUGGGAGAAUAGAAGGAUCAUGUGCAAUUUGACUGCCAUGGCAAUGGUUAGCUGCCUCAUACAGUUCUCUGAUAAGCCACAGUGUCUGCAGUUUAAAGCUGUUCAAAUGGUCAGUGGGUAACACAGCAUGCUACAUUUUGAUUGGAUGAAAUCUUCAGGGCAAGCCAAUGAGAAGCGGCCUUUCAAGUAUACAACAAAACAACACAUUACCUCAAAGUUGUUGGGAGUCUAUAACCCAGGUUAUAUUAGGUAUAUCGUUAGUAGUUUAGAUAGAUCUAGAUAUUUUGGUAGUUAUUGUUACAUAUAAACAAUUGUUAUAUUUUGUUUACGAUUCCUCUAAGACAGAUGGUCUUUCUAUUUCAAAUCAAAAACUUACAUUUUAUGCCAUAUUUUUUAU